CGCCGCCGCUCCGGAGCUCCGCGGGUCCUGCAAGCUCCGUGAGUGCCAAGCAGUGAAUUAUGGGCUGGGUAUCCACCAGUGCAUCAUGAAGAUUGACUUUAUUUUUGCCCCCUUGAAGUUCACGUGCUUUAUGAAUUCACUCUCUCCUCUAUCUCACUGCCAUCUCCAUCAAUAUUGUCACCACUUCUAGAAAACAAGAAUUUGAGGCUUGGGUUUUGGCUCUCCCUUUCCUUCCUUCUGGAACACCAGUGACACCUUUGUGUUCUACCAAAAAAAGUCACUAGGUUAUUUUGCCCUUCAGAGAAGUAUACCAUCUGGAGAAGUCGUUUCAUGUACCCUGUACUUCUGAGAUAGAAGCCUCUGGUUCCUAAGGAUAAUUGAGAUCUUUCCUUGGGAGGAGACACUUGCUCUUGGUCACUUUCCACUUAUUCUCCUGUUCUCUGUCACUCCCUCUGCUCUUCUUCUCUUCCUUUUGGAUUUAACAUUUGGUGUUGACUGCUGGGGUUCUCCCAGUAGUGUGGCUUCUGUUUUUCUCCUAGGGAAGAGCAGAUUUUUGAAACAAUGGGCUUCACUCUGCAUUCUAUCUACUUCACCUUGAAGGUGAGUUUGCUGCUGGGCUCCUUGCUGGUUCUCUGUUUGGGUCUGGAGUUCAUGGGCAUCCCCAACCAGUGGGCUCGCUACCUCCGCUGGGAUGCCAGCACUAGGAGCGAACUCAGCUUCCAGUUCAAGACCAAUGUCUCUGCUGGGCUGCUCCUCUAUUUUGAUGAUGGUGGUGUCUGUGACUUCCUCUGCGUGUCCCUGGUUGAUGGGCGCAUCCAGCUGCAGUUCAGCGUGGACUGUGCGGAGACGACAGUGGUCACAGACAAGCAGGUGAACGACAGCAGCUGGCACUUCCUGAUGGUCAGCCGCAACCACCUGCGGACCGUGCUGGUGCUGGACGGCGAGGCCAAGCCCGGGGAGGUGCGUCCGCAGCGCCAGCACAUGAACAUCGUCAGUGACCUCUUCGUUGGGGGAGUCCCACUGGACAUCCGUCCUGCUGCCUUGACUCUUGAUGGUGUUCUCAGUGAGCCUCCAUUUCAAGGAUAUAUCCUGGAUCUUAAAUAUGGCAAUUCUGAGCCGCAGCUCCUGGGCAGUCAAGGGGUCAGACUGGAAAUGGAAGGACUUUGCUCAGAAAACCCCUGUGAAAAUGGCGGCACUUGCUUCCUUCUGGAUGGCGAGCCACACUGUGACUGCUCAGCCACUGGAUAUGCUGGCAAGCUAUGUUCUGAAGAUGUCAAUCAUAUUCCAGGCCUCUCACACCUGAUGAUGGGUGAACAAGGGAAGAGGUAA